AUGCAGCACAGCUUCAAUUCGUCUACCAUCUCGCUGCCCGCGAGCGGCGAAAAAAAGUCAAAGCGCAACCUGCUGAAACGAGUGUCUCUCAAACCCAAAACUCCUCUAAGUCUGCCAACCUUCCGCAACGGCACAAGUUUGGUCUCUUCCAGCGAAGAACGCUCACCUGUCUGCAGAACACCCAAUGGCUGUGCAAGCAUGCCAACUACACCAAAGUCGGCAAAAUUGUUCCGCACCCGAUCCUCGAGUGAUGCACGCUCGCUGAUCUUCUCAACGCGAUCGACAUCUGCGUCGAUAGACGCGAUGAGGAGCUCGACCAAUUCGAACUUCAUCGUCAAGGGCGAUGCUCCACCUGUCCCAAGCAUUCCCAAGUCGUACCUCAUCUCCGACGAGGUGUUUGUAAUCGCCAGUCCCCCCAAAGUUCCAGAGAACGCCCCGGCACCACGCACCAGCUCGAGCUCGAGCUCGAGCCAACCGUCUUGCUAUUCCAUGGAUUCUUCUACUUCGUUGCAGUCUGAUCACAGUUGGAUCGGCAACAUGGGCUUCCACUCUCCGUCGCAGGAGAACAACAUCAGUCUCUCGAACAACGACCUGCCUUAUGUGACCGAUGACGCAACUCAGCCUGCUCGCUCGAGCCUGGACGAGAUCGAUGAUCAGAUUGUCCUCAACCUCUGUCUCAACCUCUGCCAUGGCAGCACACCGACAGGCUUGCCUCCCAACGAGAACGGAGAAAUCACUCCUUCGCCGCACCGUAGAAGUUUCAGCUCUGCAGCGGCUCCGUUAUUCGGUAGUGUUACUCGCCAUUCUCACAGCAGAACUCCGUCGGCGCCUGUCUCGCUUGGUCCUCUUCCGCCUCAACCUAGCCGGCCGCCAACAGAGGCAGUGUUGCGCAAGACAGAUGCCAUCAAAAAACGAUAUAGCAAGCAGACGUCUUCUCCUUUACUCUCUUCACAGAGCAACCUGCCAGUCGUCAACAGCGGCAGCGAUGCUGUCAGUUGCUGCUUUAGCUCGCCUCGCAUUCCCACUGGUAUGCAGAAGCUUGACAGCAUCUCGAGCCUCAAGAGCAUCGAAGCUGGUCUGUCCCAGGACUCCAAGUUGGCGAAGAGAAACCACAAGCGAUCCGCCUCGAGACAGUCGAUCGUUCCUGGCAAGACGAUCGAGCAGGACUUCUUUACCGCGCCCGGUCGCGUCAAGCUGACACCCGGACAUAUUGCGGCAACUGUACCUGAAGAGCAGUUCGAGGAGCCCCAGCUUCAGUCGCGCUGGUCCGAGGACUCUAAUUCCGGCAACGGCGGUGUGGAAGAAGUGCGACGUUUGAUUUCGUCGCUCAUCUUGCCUAAGCACGGAAGCAGUGCCAAAAUGGCUUCGGUCGUCACCUCUAGCCCUGACAGCAGCACACUCAGCCGAAGAGACGUUUGCCUCGACGGAUCCAAGACCCCGGACAUGGUGUCAGUACGACACUCGAGCUCCUCCUCUUCAUCCAACAGCUCCAUUUCGGAACAUUUGGACCUCAACGCUGUCGCUCCCACUGUGCGGCCCAAAGCUGUCGAGGACGAAGAGGAGACCCUCUUUGACCUUUCUCGUGGAAGCCUCGACUACGGAGCAGUCUACGCUCUGGCGCAGCAAUAUGCCCAAAGUCACACUACCUCUGUUGCUCCUUCAAGCAAGCCUUCCCUCGCUCGUCCGUCGGCACUCAAAACUUCCAAGCCUACAGGAAACCACAAGUUCUCCUCGCUUCUCACCAACACCGCGGCAUCGCGAUCGCACAGAAGCCUCACGGUCGACCCCAUCGACCGAUCCUACCACCUCCGCAAAUUCUAG